AUGUCAGCCUUCUUCUCUUCUUGUGCCACAACUGGGUUGUCCCCAACUCUCCUCCCUGCCCUCCUGCCCUCCUGCCCGCCUGCCUGCCUGCCUGCCUGCUAUUCCCGACUCAUUUCUUCCCUCACCACCCUCGACGGCAUGUCAGCCUUCUUCUCUUCUUGUGCCACAACUGGGUUGUCCCCAACUCUCCUCCCUGCCCUCCUGCCCUCCUGCCCGCCUGCCUGCCUGCUAUUCCCGACUCCAUUUCUUCCCUCACCACCCUCGACGGCAUGUCAGCCUUCUUCUCUUCUUGUGCCACAACUGGGUUGUCCCCAACUCUCCUCCCUGCCCUCCUGCCCGGCUGCCCGCCUGCCUGCCUGCCUGCCUGCUAUUUCCGACUCCAUUUCUUCCCUCACCACCCUCGACGGCAUGUCAGCCUUCUUCUCUUCUUGUGCCACAACUGGGUUGUCCCCAACUCUCCUCCCUGCCCUCCUGCCCUCCUGCCCGCCUGCCUGCCUGCUAUUCCCGACUCCAUUUCUUCCCUCACCACCCUCGACGGCAUGUCAGCCUUCUUCUCUUCUUGUGCCACAACUGGGUUGUCCCCAACUCUCCUCCCUGCCCUCCUGCCCUCCUGCCCGCCUGCCUGCCUGCCUGCCUGCUAUUCCCGACUCCAUUUCUUCCCUCACCACCCUCGACGGCAUGUCAGCCUUCUUCUCUUCUUGUGCCACAACUGGGUUGUCCCCAACUCUCCUCCCUGCCCUCCUGCCCUCCUGCCCGCCUGCCUGCCUGCCUGCCUGCUAUUCCCGACUCCAUUUCUUCCCUCACCACCCUCGACGGCAUGUCAGCCUUCUUCUCUUCUUGUGCCACAACUGGGUUGUCCCCAACUGCCUCCCUCCCUCCCUCCCUCCCUGCCUCCCUGCCUCUGCCUGCCUGCCUGCCUGCUAUUCCCGACUCCAUCUCCACCCUCACCACCCUCGAGGGCAUGUGGGUGAGCCUUCUCUUCUUGUGCCACAACAGGGCCGUCACCAACUGCCUCUCUCCCUGCCUCACCGUCGUGUACAAAAUUUACUCAACAACAACCAGCUGACAGGCACCAUCCCAUCAGCCAUAUUCACCACGACGAAUCUGAAAUACCUCCCGCACUGCUCUUGCAUUGCAUGUGCUGCUUCUGAUCGCACUGUCUCCCUGACAUUGCUAUUGUCAUUGCCCGUCAGCUACAAUGUCUCCCUCUCGUCACAAUUGUACUGCCUCCCUCCCAACCGUCUCCCUGCCAUUGCCAUUGCCCGUCAGCUACUUUAG